AAGAAAAUAUCAAGACAUUCUAAAAAGAGAAUAACCUUCUCUUUGUAGAUAUUGAUCAUAUCGGCCAUAUAUAUUUAUAGUUGGAUUCUUUUAGUUAAUUAUCAUGGAACAAAUAUAAAUAGCAAAGAAAAUCUCAUUUUGAUUCCAACUUGGUGAACAGUCAAACCCAAAUAUGCUGAGCAAAUAAAAAGCGGCCAUCAAAGUUCUAAGAUUUUGUUCGAACUUUCAGAAUUUUCAAGGUUUUGGCUUCCGCUUGAAUGCAACUUCAAUGUCCGGUUGAUUUUGUUCAUCAUGGAUGAUGGAGGUGAAAAUAUUUCAUGGGCUGUAAACAUGUUUCAGAAGUUGGAAGAUUUGUACUUAGAAGUUGAUGUUGCUGUGCGGGAGGAGAUGAGAAUUGUUGAAAACAAUGUGCAGACAAUUGGUGCCAAUGUUGUUAACUUUUGUUGGGAUAUGGUGCUUGAUCAACCUGCUCAGUUGUCAGAAGAUGUAGUAUUGGAAGAGGCAGCUGAUGAUGGAAUUGAUAUUCUAGUCUCUGAUGCUUCGAAACUCCGUGUUAACGAAAUCCACCAUGAGGAGGAGACAAAGAAAGUGGUGGCUCAGGACAUUGAUUAUCUUGUUGCUUAUACUUCAGAGAUGGAUACUGAUGAAGACCACUAUGAGGAGGAUAUGGAGGAUGUGGAAGAUGAUGCUCCUGAGACAGAUAUUGAUGAUGAUUACUCUGAGGAAGAUACAGAGGAAGAGGCAGAUGAUGCUUCAGAGAUAGAUGCUGAUGAAUACAAGGAUAUAGAUGAAGAGACAUAUGAAACUGCAGAGAUAGAGACCGAUAAAUAUAUCUCUGAGGAGGAUGCAGGAGAAGAGGCACUUUAUUACAGAUUUCAUGACUUCGAUGUUCUGGUCUCUGAUGCUUCAAACACUGUCUAUAAUAAAGGUUGUACGAAGGUGUUGCUUGAUUUUCAUAAUCUUAUCCACUCAGCCUCAGUAGAACCUACUGAUGAAGCUCAGCACAAUUCAUCUUUACAGCAGAAUGCUGAUAGUAGGGUCUGUGGGAAAACAAGGAUGAUUGUGGAGGAACAUUUUGCCAAGAAAAAGGGUCUUGAUGUUGAAGUCACCCCUGCUAAUGCAUCGACAACAGUGUCACCUGAUGAGUCCAUUGCAGAAGCCAUCCUGGAUAAUGAUCAUACUGAGCUGGACAUAGAAACUAUUGAUUCUUUUGAAUCCAUGAAAAUUGAUGAAAAUAGCGACAUGACAGACGAAACUGAGUUUGAGAUGAUUGGAAAGAAUGAGGAAGAGGGGAUGUUGGGACUGAGAAAAGAGAAGACAAUAAAGCUGUUCGGACCAAUGGUUGAAAUACCAGAGGAUGAAUUUUGUGAUUCAGAAUGGGUGAUUGUUUAGAUGAAUUAUUGAGCCUAUGAAAUAAGCAAGUAUGGUUUGUGAUAAAUUUUGAUAAAAUAUAUAAAAAUAAUUCAUAGAUUGUUAUCAUUUCAGUUGUAUGUUUAAGUGAAAAAUUCAAAUUAAUAUCAUUGUAGCAAAAUAUUUUCUCUAAAGUUUAUAAGAUACAAUGGAGAAUUUUCA